AUGAAUUCUGCAACCCUCUUGCGGAUGCAGCCUCUUCGGGCGGCUGCAUUCCGUCAGCCAGCUCUCCGGCAAUCCGUCCUGAGACAAGCCAGACCUUUCCACAAUACUAGGGCCAUGUUUCGAGUGAAGGAAGAGGAGCAAAGCGCCCACACAAUCACCCAGAGAAUCAGAUCUCUCAAGAAGAUUCCUCCGGAGUUGCUCCCUCUCGGUGUCGUCAUUGCGUUUGCUUUGUUUGCAGCUACCUUUGCUAUGGGAAGAAAGCUGUUUACCGAUAAAACGCUCCGCCUCCACAAGAAUCCCCCGAAGGAGCAUUGA